UCGCUGCUGUGCCCGGGAAUCUGCAUGCACUAAUCAUGACAUGUACAGAUCCAUAGGUGCCGGGCUGUCUGUGUGUCCGCUACAUGUAACCCCUCUCCCCGGAGUCCCAAGUGACAGGCGGGUGUGCACACGUUGUGUGUGACAAUAGUGAGGAUUACCUACGUGCCGGGUGACACCUCAGUGCAGCAGCAUAUGGUCACCAAUGCUGAGGAUUGGAUCUGUACAUGUCCUCUUACAUAUUAACCCAUUGUAGUUGAUGACGGGAGGGACUGGGCUGCGGACUGUCUGCGUUUACCUUGGUACAUUACCCUGAUCUUGAAGAAGACUUGUUCCAGAAAAGACUCUGCUGUUGACAGCCCCAUGGCAGAACCAGGUGGGGGAGGUGGAAGUGCUGGCGAGGGUAGCGUGCCCUUGCCUUUAGAGUCUGCGAACGGUAAAUUACCUGGAACCACCAGCAAUGGCGACAGAGGAAGCGAUGAGAGUAAUGGAGGAAAGUGCAAAAUUGAGAAUACUCCUGGCAGCGGUGUAUCCAAUGGAGACUGUGCCCGCUCAGAUAGCAGAGAUGACGGCGGGUCUGGGCAGCCCGAGAGCCCUGGCAUUGACAAGGUGGACAAACAAGGAUUGCCUCGGAGGAGUAGCAUUAUCAAGGAUGGCACAAAGCAGAAACGAGAACGAAAGAAGACUGUAUCAUUCAGCAGUAUGCCAGCCGAAAAAAAGAUCAGCAGCGCAAGUGAUUGCAUAAAUGCAAUGGUUGAAGGAUCAGAACUGAAAAAAGUCCGGUCCAACUCCAGGAUCUAUCACAGAUACUUUCUUUUGGAUGCGGAUAUGCAAUCCUUGAGGUGGGAGCCUUCCAAGAAAGAUUCCGAAAAAGCAAAAAUUGACAUUAGAUCUGUGAAAGAGGUCCGAACUGGAAAAAAUACUGAUAUUUUUCGUAGCAAUGGAAUUUAUGACCAGAUUUCAGAAGACUCAGCAUUUUCUAUUAUAUAUGGAGAUAAUUAUGAAACCCUAGAUCUUGUUGCAAACUCUGCUGAUGUGGCCAAUAUUUGGGUUACAGGUUUACGGUAUUUAAUUUCAUACGGGAAGCAUACUCUUGAUAUGAUUGAAAGUUUCCAGGAUAACAUGCGGAUGUCAUGGCUUUCUCAAAUGUUCAGGGAAGUAGAUGAGGAGAAUGUGGGGCAGGUACCUCUUUGUAAAGCAGUGCAAUUUAUAAAAACGUUAAACCCGGGUCUUAAAGGUAGCAAAAUUGAAUUAAAAUUCAAAGAAUUACAGAAAUCUAAAGAAAAAAGCCACACUGAUGUGACCCAAGAUGAGUUUAUUGAAGUUUUCCAUGAACUAUGCACUAGGCCAGAGAUUUACUUUUUGCUUGUGCAGUUCUCAAGCAAUAAGGAAUACUUGGACACGAAGGACCUCAUGAUGUUCCUGGAAGCAGAACAAGGUGUGGCAAAAGUAACAGAGGAAAUGAGCCUUGACAUUAUCAAGAAAUAUGAACCAUCUAAAGGCCAGGAGAAAGGUUGUCUGUCUUUGGAUGGCUUUACAAAUUAUCUUAUGUCUCCAGAUUGUAGUAUUUUUGAUCCAGAACACAAAAAAGUUUGCCAAGAUAUGACACAGCCUUUAUCCCAUUACUAUAUAAAUUCAUCCCAUAACACGUAUUUAAUAGAAGAUCAGUUUAGAGGUCCUUCAGAUAUUACAGGUUAUAUUCGUGCUCUCAAAAUGGGGUGUAGAAGUGUUGAACUGGAUGUCUGGGAUGGUCCAGAUAAUGAACCGGUGAUUUACACUGGCCACACAAUGACAACACAGAUUGUCUUCCGUAGUGUGAUUGACAUCAUUAACAAAUACGUCUUCCAUGCAUCAGAGUUUCCAUUAAUUCUUUGUUUAGAAAACCAUUGUUCUGUCAAGCAGCAGAAAGUUAUGGUCCAACACAUGAAAAAAAUCUUAGGAGACAAACUUUAUACCACUCCUGCCCAAGCAGAAGACUCCUAUCUCCCCUCACCGGAGGCUUUAAAAGGCAAAAUAAUAAUGAAGGCUAAAAAGCUCCCACUUGAUUGUUCGGGAUUUGAAGGUGAUGUUACAGACGAAGAUGAAGGCUUAGAAAUGUCGCAACGGGUGGAAAAAGGAGAAGAACAGCAAAAUAUUGUUCCUGUUAAGCGAGUACCACUCUGCAAAGAGCUCUCUGACCUUGUUAGUCUUUGUAAGUCUGUUCAGUUCUCUGACUUCCAGACAUCGUUUCAGAGCCAGAAGUACUGGGAGAUGUCCUCCUUCAAUGAAGUUGUAGCUGGCAAAUAUGCAAAUGAAAGUCCUGGUGAUUUUGUCAACUAUAACAAAAAGUUUCUUUCUCGAAUAUUCCCAAGCCCAAUGAGAAUAGACUCCAGCAACAUGAACCCGCAAGAUUAUUGGAAAUGUGGUUGUCAAAUAGUUGCUAUGAAUUUUCAAACUCCAGGGUUAAUGAUGGAUCUUAAUAUUGGCUGGUUUCGACAGAAUGGAAAUUGUGGAUUUGUUUUACGACCUGCUAUUAUGCGCGAGGAGGUCUCUUUUUUUAGUGCAAACACAAAAGAUUCUGUGCCUGGAGUUUCUCCUCAGCUUCUUCAUAUUAAAAUCAUAAGUGGGCAGAAUUUUCCAAAACCUAAAGGAUCAGGCGCUAAAGGAGAUGUUGUGGAUCCUUAUGUCUAUGUUGAAAUCCAUGGAAUACCUGCUGACUGUGCUGAGCAGAGAACAAAAACAGUGCAUCAGAACGGAGACAAUCCAAUAUUUGAUGAAAGUUUUGAAUUUCAGAUUAAUCUUCCAGAACUAACAAUGGUUCGCUUUGUGGUGCUAGACGAUGACUAUAUCGGAGAUGAGUUUAUUGGGCAGUAUACUAUCCCAUUUGAGUGUCUACAACCUGGAUACAGACAUGUUCCCCUACAAUCUUUAACUGGAGAUGUUUUGGCUCAUGCCUCUUUAUUUGUCCAUGUAGCCAUUACAAACCGCAGGGGUGGAGGAAAGCCUCAUAAACGUGGUCUGUCAGUGAGGAAAGCUAAGAAGUCAAGGGAUUAUGCAUCAAUGAGGACAUUAUUGAUAAAGUCCAUUGAUGAAGUCUUCAAAAACGCCAUUCAGCCUAUAAGAGAAGCCACAGACCUACGUGAAAACAUGCAGAAUGCAGUUGUUUCAUUUAAAGAGCUGUGUGGACUUUCACCUGUAGCUAAUCUUAUGCAGUGCAUCAUGGCUCUGUCAACCCGCUUAGCUGGACCUGACAACACCCCGGUAAUCAUCAUGAAUCUCACUGAACAAUAUCCCACCAUGGAGCUUCAGGGCCCAGUUCCAGAGGUCAUGAAAAGGAUUUUAACAGCAUAUGAUUCUAUAAUCCAAAGCAGCAAGGCUCUAAUUGAGAAUGCGGAUGCUGUUUAUGAGAGGAUAGUACAGUGCCAGAAGACUGCCAUGGAAUUCCACGAGAAUCUCAACUCCAUCGGGGCGAAAGAAGGUUUGAAAGAGAGGAAGAUGCUUAAAGCCAUUGAGAGCUUUACAUGGAAUAUAACCAUACUGAAGGGACAAGCGGAUCUUCUCAAAUAUGCCAAAACAGAAACCUUGGAAAACUUAAAACAAAUUCAUUAUGCUGCUGUAUCAUGUGGACUCAACAAGGCAACAGCUGGAAAUACAGAGGUAUCCAAGCCUAGAAGAAGCCUGGAGGCUAUUCCAGAGAAGGCAGGAGAUGAAACGGGUGAUUGAAAAUAAAUCAAGGCCCAUUGUUCUUGUUGGAAUUUCUAAGUCUACGACCAAUGUAGCUGCACAAGGUGUUUGCUUUGCACUUACAGGAGAAAUCACAGAUUCUAUUUUUCUUUCUAUCCCAAGCACAACUGGAGACUGACCAGUCUGUUAUCUGUGAAAGUAACGUAAAUCUAUCUGAUAAAUGAAGGAUGUCGACAGAUUGCAAAUGUUAUUGCUGGCCAAAUGUGAAGACCUGGAAGAAGAUGUCUGUAUUAGAAUAGAAUUGAGUAGUGAGGUGCGUGCUGCUUUAAAAAAAAAAAAAAAAAAAAAAAAAAAAAAAAAAGCAAAUUUUUUUAUUUAGAUUUUAAUAGUUCUAUUUAAAUAAAAGAGAAA